AUCCUGGAUUUGUCCCUUUUUGGUUUUAAGAGAGAGAGAGAGAGAGAGGAGGAAGCAGCGGGGAUACGAUCGGCCGAUUAAUUGCUCCUUAGGGUUUCUCCUUUUCCCCUAACGUCUUCCUCUGGUCCUCUCAUUCGAUCCCAUCCCUUCGGAACCGCGCUGCUGAUCGAUCCCGGAGGUCCGGGUGAUGUGAGGCGGGGGAGGGUUUAUUCGGAUUGUCUCUGGCGGAUGGCAGAGGGCCGGCGAUACGCUCUCAAUCCUCAACUAGACAUUGCACAGAUUUUGCAAGAGGCAAAAAGUCGUUGGCUUCGUCCAAGUGAGAUUUGUGAAAUCCUCCGCAACUAUCAGAGGUUCAAUUUGACUCCAGAUCCGCCUUACAAGCCUCCUGGUGGUUCUUUGUUUUUAUUUGAUCGCAAAGCACUCCGAUAUUUUCGGAAAGAUGGCCAUAAUUGGAGAAAGAAGAGAGAUGGAAAAACUGUUCGAGAAGCUCAUGAAAAGCUAAAGUGUGGAAGUGUUGAUGUGCUUCAUUGCUACUAUGCCCAUGGUGAGGACAAUGAAAAUUUCCAGAGACGAAGCUAUUGGAUGCUUGAUGGGCAAUUGGAACACAUUGUUCUUGUGCAUUAUCGAGAUGUGAAUGAGGGAAGCAGGUCUACCAUUCCUCAUUUGUUAAAUACUGAUGCAAUGAGAAUGAGUCACACAGAUGGAUCUCAAACCAGUUCUGCUGUUUGUUCUUAUUUGGAUCAUCUUACUUUUCCAACCCAACCAUCCUAUGCAACAAGUGCCCAUGCUGCUGAUUGGAAUCGCCAAGCUCCAUCCUCUGAGUUUGAAGAUGCAGAGUCUGGAGAGGAACAUAGUGAAGCUUCACUUGCAGAUUCUUUAUCUCAUUCAGGAAUUCAUGUUGCCUCAUCUGCAAACCAUACUGGACAAGAAAACGUUGCUGGAUGUAGUGGUUCCCUUGCUCAUCUUCGUUCGAGCGAUUCUAUAGAUACUGGAAUCUUAGGUAGAUUAUUUGGUCCUUCGUCCGCAAACCAAGUGCCAUUGCAAAAUCUUAUAUUAGGUGAAGACCAACAAAAAAAUUGUGAAGUUUCUCAAGGAGCUGGUUCACUCGGUGGUGCUAGUUUUGAUCAUCAUACUGCAGCAUCCAAGAUGCCUGAAUUUUUUAACAUAAGCCGAAAGGAUUCUGGCAUGCUGGAAGAGAAUGUUUCCAUUGAACAAGCUAAAUGGUCUGUUAACAUGCCUAAAAUAUUUCCAAAUACCACCUCUGAGGGCAAUGAGGUAGUCAAAUAUGUUACUGAUAGUGGCAAUAGUAUCUUAAUUAGCGAUCAUCAAAAAACAUCUAUUGGAGAAGGCACAAAAGAGAAUCAGGUUAAAGUGGAAAAUUCUGAGAAUAUAAGCAACCUUGAUCAUGGACACUUGGUCGAUAUACCAGGCUAUAUGUUUCAGGUGCCCAAUACUAAUCUUUCUCAGAGCACACUGCAAACCAUAAACAAUGGCAGCUCUAAGGUGACCGUUGCUUCUGACCAACCUCUGAGUUAUGAAGCACAAAUUUUAUAUGGUUUAAAGAAGUCACUGGAGAAUGAGGGAGAUUUGAAGAAGUUAGACAGCUUUGGAAGAUGGAUGAGCAAAGAAAUCGGUAAGGAUUGUGAUGACUCACUGAUGGCUUCAGACUCUUGCAACUACUGGAAUGCAAUGGAUGCUCAGAAUGAUGAUAAGGAGGUAUCAAGUCUUUCUUCCCAUAUGCAGUUGGAUAUGGAUUCACUAGGACCAUCUCUUUCCCAGGAACAGCUAUUCACUAUUCAUGACUUCUCACCGGAUUGGGCUUUUUCUGGCAUUGAAACAAAGGUUCUGAUUGCAGGUACCUUUUUAGGUAGUGUAGAGCCCAGGAGCAUCAAAUGGUCUUGUAUGUUUGGUGAGUUUGAGGUGUCUGCUGAAGUUCUGACGAGUAAUGUGAUUCGUUGUAAAGCCCCUUUACAUACCCCUGGUCGGGUUCCAUUUUAUAUUACAUGCAGUAAUAGGAUAGCCUGUAGUGAGAUUCGAGAAUUCGAGUAUCGUGAAAACUUUUCUAGCUUCUCUUCAGUGCCAGAAAGGGAUUUAGAAGAAGUUAUUCUUCAAGUGCGUUUUGCAAAGUUAUUAUCGACUGGGUUGGACCGGAACUGGCUGGUCUGCUCUGUUGAAAACUGUGAAAAGUGCUUCCUUAAACAAAAACUGUUGUUAAUGCUAAGGGAUCAGGAAAAUGAGUGGAAUGUUAUCGACAAAGACUCUAAGGCCUUUCACAGUGAUCUCAGGAUACCUAAGGAUGGAUUGAUUCAGAAGUUAUUGAAGGGUAAACUAUAUGAGUGGUUGCUGUGUAAAGUUCAUGAAGAAGGUAAAGGACCUAAUGUUUUGGAUGAGAAUGGUCAAGGGGCUAUCCAUCUGGCUGCAGCUCUUGGUUAUGAAUGGGCAAUGAGUCCUAUAGUCUGUGCUGGAGUCAGUCCAAGUUUCAGAGAUGUAAUCGGUAGGACCGGGCUCCAUUGGGCUGCAUACUUUGGCAGAGAGGAGACAGUUGUUGAGUUAGUGAGGCUUGGAGCUGCUGCUGGUGCAGUUGAACACCCAACAUCAAAAGUUCCUGCUGGUAAAACUGCUGCUGAUUUAGCAUCUAGUAGAGGACAUAAAGGAAUUGCUGGAUACUUGGCCGAAGCAGAUUUGACCAGCCAUCUUUCUUCAUUAACGGUAAAAGAAAGUGAGAUGGGUAGACUUUCUGCAACUUUGGCUGCAGAAAAGGCCAUCGAAAAUGUACAAGAGCAAAACACAGUUUCUCUAGAUGGUGGAAACGGGGAACAAUUAUCUCUGAGAGGGUCUCUUGCUGCUGUAAGAAAUUCAGCUCAAGCUGCUGCACGAAUUCAAGCUGCGUUUAGGCUUCAUUCUUUCCGCCAAAGAAAAUUAACAGAUAGCAAAGACAAAGAUACUGAGAUCUCAGUUGAUUUGAUGGUUCGGUCCUAUCUGAACAAGUUCCCCAAGAUAAAUCACUACAAUGAAUCUUUGCAUAUGGCUGCUGUUAAAAUACAACAAAAAUAUCGUGGAUGGAAGGGUCGUAAAGAGUUCUUGAAAAUCCGUGACCGAAUUGUGAAAAUCCAGGCACACGUGAGGGGUCAUCAAGUUCGCAAGCAGUAUAAGAAGGUAGUGUGGUCUGUUAGCAUUGUUGAAAAGGCUAUCUUACGUUGGAGGCGCAAAGGAGCUGGAUUACGGGGCUUUCGAGCUGAGAAUACAACUAUAUGCAUUGAGGGAAAGGUUGGGGCAACUGACGAAUAUGAUUUUCUCCGUCUUGGUCGGAGACAGAAGGUUGCUAGUGUGGAGAAAGCUUUGGCAAGAGUACAGUCAAUGGCACGCCAUCCAGAAGGCCGUGAUCAGUACAUGAGACUGGUGGCAUGUUCUCGUAAAUCAAAGCUGGGAGACGAAGGUGGUGGCUCAGCCCAACUUCAAAACACCGAAGAAGAAAAUGGUGGGGGCUGAUCUAAUCGCACCAUCCACGCUGAGCUACAACGACCAUAUUUGUGAUUUCUGGACGUUAAGAGGCGUCGGGGAGUUUGGGGAAUUUGCACAAAUCUUGUUCCUGUAAAUAUUGCUUAUAUGUAAUGGAUAAGAUGUAAAGAUUUGUCCUUUCCUUUUUGAUAAGGCUGAAGAGAAGUGCAGAAAGAAGCUGGUAUUUCUCUCUGGCAAGCAGCAGUCAAUUCAUUCA